UUGCGGAUUAUCACCAUGAUUGCCACAACUCAACAGAACAUGACCACGGAGCUGGACCUGGGGAGUACAGAUGGUCCCCCGCGGAACUGGAAGGGCAUCGGCAUUGCUAUGGUGGUGAUCCUGGCUGUUAUGUCUCUGGUCAUCCUCUCUGUCAUCCUCCUCACGCCUGAUGAGACACACUUGCUGCUCCGCUCCCAUCUCACCAUGGAGGACCUGGAAAGUGAAGAUUUCAAAGUUCAUGACCCCAGUGUGGCGUGGCUGAACGAGAACGAAGUGGCUCUGCGCACCCGAGAGGGACACGUCCUGUCAUUCAGCCUCACCAACAACCUAACGAGCACCCUUCUGGACAAUAGCUCCCUGGAUCUGACCGCCACUAAAUUCCAGGUGUCUGCAGACAAGAGGUUUGUCCUGUUGGCGUACGACAUCCGACCGGUGUUCUCUCAGUCCUUCACAGCCUCCUAUGCUAUCUACAAUGUGGCUAAUGGGGACCUGCAGGAGCUUAACCCUCCCGAUGGUGACAAGGCAGUGCUGCAGUACGCUUCUUGGGGGCCUCAGGGGAACCAGCUGGUCUAUGUGUUCGAGGGCGACAUCUACUACAGGCCCAGUGUGAGCAGCAGACCUCUGCGCCUCACGGCCACAGAGCCGGAGGAGAACGUAGUGAACGGACUCUCCGACUGGACCUAUGAAGAGGAGAUUCUCUUGGCUUAUCCUGCACACUGGUGGUCUUUGGACGGUGCCCGGCUUGCUUAUCUCAGCAUCAACAACUCUGCCACGCCUGUGAUGGAAAUACCCCACUUCCUAGGCGGCCUCUACCCCUCCAAUGUGCUCUUCCCCUACCCCAAGGCUGGAUCAAGUAUCCCAUCAGCCAGUCUGUUUGUGGUGAAUCUGUAUGGUCCAGCUCACACUCUGGAGAUGAUUCCUCCGGACUCCCUCAGGGCCAGAGACAGCUACAUCUCCAUGGUGACUUGGAUCAGCAGCACCCGGCUCGCAGUCCGCUGGCUGAAUCGUGCCCAGAACCAAUCAGUGGUGUGUGUGUGCGAGGCCACCACAGGGGCGUGCUCAGAGAAACACAAAAUGGCACUGGACAUCUUACAGAACCAACGACAAGACGUGCCGCUGUUUUCCGGAGACGGCUCGGUGUUUUACACGAUCCUGCCGGCUAAGCAAGGAGCUCGUGGAGAAUUUCGCCACAUCGCUGGCCUCACAGCCCAGCCCGCCAUCCCCUCUGUACCCCCUCGCUUCCUGACAUCGGGGAGCUGGGACGUCACCGUGCUCUGCGCCCUGGACGAGAAGUCUGGGAAGAUCUACUUCCUGAGUACAGAGGAGUCCAGACACAGCAGACACCUGUACAGCGUGGACCUGGAUGGAGUGUUUCAGCGCCAGUGCAUCUCCUGUAAUCUCAUAGAUGGAUGUCGCUUCUUCAGAGCCGUGUUCAGCCCUAAUCAGACCCACUUCACUCUCUACUGCUUGGGCCCAGGAAUCCCUAAAGUGACGGUUCACAGUACAAAGGACCCCUCCAGAUACGUCUUGCUGGAGGAUAACAGCCCUUUGUCUAAAGCUCUGGAGGACAAGAGGCUCCCUGAGACUCUGUUCAGGACACUCCCAGCAGACAACCAUGACCUGCACCUGAAACUAUCUCUACCUCAGGGCUACGAGGCCAACCUGCACCCUCUCCUCAUCAUUGUAGACGGCAUUCCCGGCGGUCAGUCGGUGACAGAGGAAUUCGCCCUGGACUGGCCUCAGGUGCUCUCCAGCAUGCACAGUGUGGCCUUGGCCUGGGUGGACGGCAGGAGCGGGGUCGGCCGCGGGCAGAAGACCGCCGCCGUGGAUCCGCGCAAGAUCGGCUCGCUGAGAGUCAAAGAUUACCUGGGAGUUGUUGAGUUGUUGAUGCAGCUGCCUUACAUUGAUGAUCGCCGAAUGGCCCUCUACGGAAAGGCAUUUGGUGGAUAUCUAACUCUCAAGAUGUUAGCAGCAACAGAUAAGCUCUUUCAGUGCACAGCCGCCGUGGCACCGAUAACUGACUUCAGGCUCUACAGUGCUGCGUUUUCGGAGCGGUAUCUUGGCCUUCCGGCGAAGGAGGAGCACGCUUACUCGACUGCCUCGGUGCUGGAAGAAGUUAAUAAGCUGAAGGACGAGAACUUUCUGAUCCUUCAUGGAACUGCAGACGCGAGGGUACACUUCCAGCACAGCGCGGAGCUCCUGAGCCGGCUCGUGAAGGUGGAGGCCAACUAUUCUCUGCAGCUGUAUCCCGAUGAGGGCCACGUCUUGAGAGAGCCCCGCAGUGUGCAGCACUUCCAGCGGACUGUGGUGAACUACCUCCAAACCUGCUUGAAGCACAGCGCCCUACUCGAUCUGGAAGAGGAUGACGAGGAGGAAGACGACUGAGCCCUCGAGCAUUCUUCCUCUUCUUUCGGAAAGACUGUCUUUCGGGACUGUACGCCAUUACCUUGGGUUUGAUUUCCAGGCACAAGAGCACAGGAGAGGGGACCAAACAUGUCAGAUCACCUCCUACACAACUGGAAAAGUUUAUGUACUGUAUAACGUGUUGCACACAAUUAAUUCUGCUGUUCAGUUGUAUAUUUGGAGUCCUGUUUGUUUACACAAUUCAACUGAGAUGUUCACAAGAAGGCUACAGAUUCCUUGAAAAGUUUACAAAGCGUUUAUAACAUGCAUGUCGUAAUGGCUGCAUGAUGUGGGUUACUUUUAAUUGCAUUUUGUGUGUUUUUCAGGUUGUGAUCUUGCCCACAAGGGUUAAUUGUGCACAUUCAGCCAACAGAUGGGAACACACUUGCAGACUUUCAAAGUACUUUUUUCAUGCAAUGGGAAAACGCAGUCUUACAUAGAUAAUGAUUUCAUACAAUGCUUGACGUUUUCAUACAGGUUACUGAAUAAACCAGCGAUAGUAUCAACUUCAGAAUGACACAGAUAACAUUUUAACAAAAUCAAGCACGGCUCUGGUAAAAGAGAUCUGGAUUUAACCUUAUCUCCAGGACAUCACGCAAACUAUCUCCAUCAGUUAAAGGCCUGUGCAUACCCUGCCACUGUAAAAAAUGAGUUGUUUUUAGUUAUUUUAUAGUGUGUUUCCAGCUUGUAUAAGGUUAAAUGAAGCAUAUGGAUCAUUCUAAAUGUGUCAAAUACAUUUUGUGAACUUUAUCCUCUGGUUCUAUUUGCAUUAUGUGAUUAGGAAUGAGUAUGCAACUAAGAAUAUUAACAUCAAGCUCAAAAUCAAGAACGAUGACAAUAACAUCUGUACAGGCAUCUGUAUACUGUAUUCGGACAUACAGUAUGUUUUUGUUUUGAUACAUCUUGGCAUUUUAACUUUUUCUUGUGUAUUUAAGAAAUAAAUUAUUUCUUUGAACAAA